AUGGAACGACAGAGUGGAAUUGGUCUCUCAACCCUUGUGACUUUCUGCCACCAACUCUCUUCGGCGUUAGCGUAUCUUGAGGCCCUCAAAAUCAUUCACAGGGAUGUGGCAGCCCGAAAUGUUCUGGUGGCCAACGAUACCUGUGUAAAGUUGGCUGACUUUGGAAUGGCACGCCAAUUGAUACAAGGCGAGGAGUUUUACGUAGCGGAGCAGGGUGGAAAGGUGCCUAUCAAAUGGAUGGCUCCAGAAAGUCUCAAAUCGCGGAUUUUCAGUUCAGCCUCUGAUGUCUGGAUGUUCGGUGUCUGCAUGUGGGAGAUUCUGUCUUUUGGCCUCAAACCUUUUCACAACACUUCCAACGCGGAGGCGGUAGCCGCGAUUGGACGUGGUGAACGACUAGCUCGACCGGAAAUGUGUCUUGUCAGUCACUACCGGCUAAUGCUGGAAUGCUGGAUGGACGACCCUUUGCUGCGACCCACUUUCAACACUCUUCAACCCAAACUCAGCGAACAAAGCGCCACUGGAAAACCAACCAAUGAUGCGUUUCCUACAUUGAGUCGGUCAGUCACGUCGGAGGCUGAUACUGCGGUCCAUAGAGCCGUUUAUUCUGUCAUGCAGCUGAUUCUAACCGUUGCCAAAAAGCCGGCGUUUUCAUCAAUGAAACAACUCCUUUCCUCUGUUAAGAAAAUUGGUGAACAAAUUCGGACUCUCUUUGUGAUAAUUCAACAAACCGUCGAGGAAGUCGAUGAUGUUUCGUUAAUUGACUCAGCGGAGCGUCAGCUGACCGACUCCUACCACUACCUUGUCGAGGAUAUGCGAAAACUACGUGAUUUAUACGCCAAAGGGGACGUGAAAGACGAGCUCUAUCGUCGAUUCCUUGGACAGGCUUUUGUGGUUGCCACCGAUACAAGAGCCCUCUUUCAAUCCUUCCAACAAUGUCGCCAGGCGCAUUUUCUCCUCACUGCACAUCAUUGA